GACUCCACGGUGGGCAAGUCGUGCCUCCUGCACCGCUUCACCCAGGGCCGCUUCCCGGGGCUGCGCUCUCCCGCCUGCGACCCCACCGUCGGCGUGGACUUCUUCUCCCGCCUGCUGGAGAUCGAAUCAAUAACUCGAUCUUAUUACCGCAACUCAGUUGGUGGAUUUUUAGUAUUUGACAUUACUAACCGCCGAUCUUUUGAACAUGUGAAAGAUUGGCUGGAAGAAGCAAAAAUGCACGUACAGCCAUUUCGGAUUGUAUUUUUGCUGGUGGGACACAAAUGCGACUUAGCUUCAAUACGUCAGGUUACAAGGGAAGAAGCUGAAAAGCUGUCGGCGGACUGUGGCAUGAAGUAUAUAGAAACCUCAGCAAAAGAUGCUACCAAUGUUGAGGAAUCCUUCACUAUCUUGACAAGAGACAUCUAUGACCUUAUCAAAAGGGGAGAGAUUUGCAUUCAGGAUGGCUGGGAAGGGGUGAAAAGUGGUUUUGUUCCAAAUACUGUGCAUUCUUCUGAGGAAGCAGUGAAGCCCAGGAAUGAGUUCUUCUGCUGACUUCAGACAUGCCAAAGCACCGUCAAGAACAGGUGGACGUCGUUCCAGGAUAGAGACCACCAUCAGCACUGUUUUGUAAGGUGUCUGAUCGAGAGCACUACGCUUACGUGUUACACUACAAGACUCGGUGUUUUGCUAAAAUAUCAGGCAAAGCAGACAACUUUUUCUUGAAACUAUCAAAUUACCCCCUUUCCUACUUUGUUAGCUUAUAGCUGAACUAAUGUCCAAAUAUGUCAAUAUUACUCAUUUUUCUUGACAGUUUGAAAUGGGGUUUUUGCGCAUAUAGAGUCUGAUUGAAAAGGUUUUACCAGGAAUUAUGUUCUCUUGUUCAUUUACUAAUAUUGAAUAGUAAAGUGAUUUAAAAGUGCACUGUUUACUUACAAAUUGAACAAUCUCAGAGUUAUCAACUAGACUAAAAUAGCAGUUCCUUGUUUAAGGUACAGUACCAGAUUUUUUAAACAUUUAAAAUAUUUAUCUUCCCUUAAUUUUGCCUAAACAUAAAAAAUAAGUUUUAUACUUUUUUGUUCUCUGAUUUAUUGCUCCUGAAAAGUUUAUGUUUUAUGAAGCUAUAUAAGGAUCCAAGCAAAAUACUGUAUUGCAAAUAUUUAUAAAGAUAAAAACAAAGGACCACUUAUCAGCAAAUGUUUUGAUGUUAUAGCAUACUGUUUUAGACAAUAAAAAGAAAUGUAUUUCUAUACUGACAUUUUCAAAAAAGUAAAUGCAAUUUACCUUGAACUAUUGUCAAAAUUACCAUAUUUUCCCAUGUAUAAGACACCCCCAUGUAUAAAAUGCCCUCCACUUUUCCAACCCCA